UGUGGACAGGUGUGACGGAGCCCGGCUGGGCCAGGAAGAUGUCACUGCUCCGUGGCCAGAGCAAGGUUGUGAGCACAGAACCCCGCCAGCGAGCAGCGACAGCGCCCACCCCCUUUUCUCUCACCCUUUGCCAGAGCUGCUAGUGAAGCGCAGUGCUCUGGUUUGUGUGAGGGUUUUGGAAGGAGCUGCUUGUGGGCGUCUCUCCCAAUACAAAGCAAAGGCUGCAGGGACGCUGGUACCCUCCCGGGUCCCUCCCGCGCUGCCUGAACCGGCUCCCUGGCGCCUGUGAGCCCCACAAACAGCCCCGGGCAAACUCGAGGACUAGGUUGUGGACGCGCGCGCAUCGGUCCGCAGGCGCCUGGCGGGGCAGCGGGCUGCUGCGCCCCCGUGGGUCGCCUCCCGUGCAGACGCGCAGAAAGACCCGUCAGCGGCCGGCAAGAGCAGCGGCGGUGGGAUGGAGAGUUCCAGCCCCCCGGCCUGCGGGUGAUGGGGCUCGGCUGGGCGGCGAGGCUCGAGCUGAGGGGGGGCGGUGCUCCCGGCUCGGGGGCGGGAGAUUCGGCGGGCCUCGGAGUGGGGUGGGCGGGGCGGCAGGUGGGGCGGCUCGCGGCGCCGCGCUCCCCCGCCCUCGCGCCCGCGUCGCGCGUCCUCCGGCUCCCGCCCGCUGGUGCCGCCGCCGCCGCGGCCGCCGGAGAAGCAACUUCGUGAGCGCCCGCGACCUGCCGGACCCCGGCGCCGCGUCGGUGCAGCGCCAACGGGCCCAAGGCCAUGGACGCGCUGGCCUGGCUGCUGCCCCCGCUCGUCCUGCUCUGCGCGCAGGACCAUCGCGGCACCAGAGCGAUGACUGACAUUGGGGACUACGUGGGCUCCAACCUGGAGAUAUCCUGGCUCCCCAACCUGGACGGCCUGAUGGAGGGCUACGCCCGCAACUUCCGGCCGGGAAUCGGAGGUCCCCCUGUGAACGUCGCACUCGCCAUCGAGGUGGCCAGCAUCGACCACAUCUCAGAGGUGAACAUGGAGUAUACCAUGACCGUGUUCCUGCACCAGAGCUGGCGGGACAGCAGGCUGUCCUACAACCACACCAACGAGACCCUGGGCCUGGACAGCCGCUUCGUGGACAAGCUCUGGCUCCCUGACACCUUCAUCGUGAAUGCCAAGUCCGCCUGGUUCCACGACGUGACCGUGGAGAACAAGCUCAUCCGGCUGCAGCCCGACGGGGUGAUCCUGUACAGCAUCCGGAUCACCUCCACGGUGGCCUGUGACAUGGACCUGGCCAAGUACCCCAUGGACGAGCAGGAGUGCAUGCUGCACCUGGAGAGCUAUGGCUACUCAUCCGAGGACAUCGUCUACUACUGGUCUGAAAACCAGGAGCAGAUCCACGGGCUGGACAAGCUGCAGCUGGCCCAGUUCACCAUCACCAGCUACCGCUUCACCACGGAGCUGAUGAACUUCAAACUGGCGGGCCAGUUCCCACGGCUCAGCCUGCACUUCCAUCUCCGGAGGAACCGGGGCGUCUACAUCAUCCAGUCCUACAUGCCGUCUGUCCUCCUGGUCGCCAUGUCCUGGGUCUCCUUCUGGAUUAGUCAGGCAGCGGUGCCCGCCAGGGUGUCUCUAGGCAUCACCACUGUGCUGACCAUGACCACGCUGAUGGUCAGCGCCCGCUCCUCCCUUCCACGGGCGUCGGCCAUCAAGGCGCUGGACGUGUACUUUUGGAUCUGCUAUGUGUUUGUGUUCGCCGCGCUGGUGGAGUACGCCUUCGCCCACUUCAAUGCCGACUACCGGAAGAAGCAAAAGGCCAAGGUCAAGGUCACAGAGCAGAGAGCAGAGGUGGACGUGAAGAAUGCCAUUGUCCUGUUCUCCCUCUCGGCCGCUGGCGUCUCCCAGGAGCUGGCCGUGUCCCGCCGGCCGUGCCGCAUGGCCGGGAACCUCAUGGGCUCCUAUAGGUCGGUGGAGGUGGAGUCGGGAGACACAGAAAAGCAGGGGGCAGCCCGCUCGGGGGGCCAGGGAGGCCUCCGGGCGCUCUUCAAGCCCAUCGACGCAGACACCAUCGACAUCUAUGCCCGUGCCGUGUUCCCUGCAGCCUUCGCGGCUGUCAACGUCAUCUACUGGGCGGCCUACGCCAUGUGAGGCCACAUGUGCUGCUGCCCAAACCUCCAGGGACAAAGGCCCCUGUGAUUGACCUGCCCGCUCUGCGUGUUUCAAAGUGGGGACAGCAAGGGGUCACAGGAGGGAAGCAGCGGCCGCCCUGAGCCCCGGGCUCUGUCCCACCCUCACCGGACACCGUCCUGAAGCCCUCCCAUUCAUCCCUCCUGGACACCUGGCCUGGCCCCUGCUUCCCAGUGGCAGACUGACCUGACACCGAGGUGGAGCCAGGUGGGCGCAGGGCCCUUGGGGGACUCAGCACUCGGCUUGGAAAACGACCCUGGUUCUUGGACUUUGCUCUGUUGGAUUGGACCAGGGAGCGGUGGGGAGGCUGGGUGUGGACGGUGCUCACUGCCUUGGCGAGAUGGUGGAGACGGUGGUCGUGGGCCUUUGGUCCCAGCAUGAAAUAAAGCCAAGCCUUUGGCCAUGGUGACAU